AUGGAUCAUCAAAAAUCGGUAGUCAGCGACAAGGCCGAAAGCUCAACUGGUCGAGUUCAUCGUCCAUCAGAUCCGCAUACAAUUGCUAGGCGGCCCGUGUCGGCCGAUACCCCGGCCGGAGAUGAUGGUAUAACAGACGCGUCGCACCAACUGCCGCCUUACUCCAGCCCUUCGGAUGCAUUCCUAGACCCUCAAGGCCGCUAUCAACCCAGAGGUCCUCAAUCUUACCCAGGCCUUCCCGUGUUAGAUUAUCGACAGUAUCUCCCGCCACUGUUCGAGUUGUCGCCGGAUAGCACCACUAUCACAAGCAAAGCGAACUAUCUAUGCGAAAAUUCCAGGGCCCUAGCCACGAUGUUGCGAAACCUCGCUACCGUGCCUCCAAAGCCCCAGAUCAUCAUCCAGGGGAAUCGCGGUCGCAAAGUCGACUUCAACAUAAAGCUGAAUCUUAUGAACUUGCUUGUCCCUAACGACCCUAAGGACCGCAUGGAUUAUCUCCGGUGCGUGAGUAAAGACGAGGUAGCCCUUCGCGGCGGCAGCGAGCCCGGCCUGAGGCCCGACUUUGGCGCUGAAAACGGGUUGGAGGCGUGGUGCGAAAGGUUCGUCAGGGAUCCAGCCACCAUCAAGAGCUUUACGCUCGAGCGCGUGGUAGCCAAUUUCGAUAUACACUGGUUAGACGGCCAGGUUCGGAGCCUAAUCGCUUCUUUAAAUUAUAAGGGUCAAGUCACAGUGCAGUUCCCCAUCACGCACGCCAAGGUUGUCAUCCAGAAUCCGGACAAGUACAAUAAGCUACUGACGGCCAUCACCUCGCCGUUCUUGAGCAAGAGCAAGUACGAGGUCAUCAAGGCCGUGUGGCCUUUCGCGACGAGCAAGAAUGGCGAGAAGGGUCGGAAGUGCGCCGUGCAGAGUGAAAAGACGUGGUGGGAAGAAUGGCGCGACCCAAUCGGAUUCGCCAUCGGGACGAAGCGUCAAGGUUGGGUUACAAACGAGGAUAAACUCGAGUGCAUUAUGGAGGGCAGAGGGAAAGGUAUUAAGUUAAUUGACUGGGGUUCAGAAUUCGAUGAAUAG